AUGGAAAUGAAAGAACAUCAUUCUGUUGCACUAAUAAAAUCAAACCUUACACCGAAGGCUAUAAUACACCAAAAGUUUGGCAAAAUAGCUUGCUACGCGGUAGAGGCGGUAAAGGAGGUUUCUCAAACUGAAUGUCUGGGGUUAUGUAUUCCACAGACGGGACCUUGCCUUUACCGUUGCACAUUGCAGCUCCCAGAACUUAGGGUUGUGUCAGGAACAUUUAUGAAAAAGAAGGAUGCAGAACAAUCUGCAGCAGAGAUAGCUUUAGAGAAGCUUAGUAUCAUUCCAGAGACCACUGAUCUUACUCCUCAGGAAGCACAUGAAAGUUUAGUUGCUCGAAUUGCCUAUCUGUUUUCAGAAGAAUUUCCUACAUCUGAUCAUCCACUCGGUGGUCACAUUCGAGCUACCUUGAGAAGGAAAGGCAAUCAUUGCGGAUCGAUUCCUGUAUCUGUCAUUGCUAUCAGUGACCCAAAGAUUUUUAGUUUGUAA